UUGAAAAGCAAUAUUUAAACAUAUUAUAUAUGGAUAUUAAUAUAACCUAACCGAUACGAAUAAAUUAAUAAUUCGAUAAACAAAUAAAAAAAGGAGAACACAAGAAACACAAACUCUGAAAACUAAAAAUCAUAUCAAUCACAAAAAAACAUAAAAAUAAAUAUUAUUAAUAUAAAAAGAAAAACUCCUAACACCAAACUUAAAUAAAAAGUUAAAAAAAGAAAGUAAAUCGCAAAAGAUUAACAAAUAAUCCAGACAAAACUCCCAGCACGAUGAUUGAAUUAAUAACCUCAAAUUCGUCAUCGGAUUCAUUGCGACGCAAAUUAGAGGAUCUGCUGAAAUUAAUGCUCUUGGUAUGGUCGCGCGAAUCGCAUGUGAUUUCAAAGAUUACAGCGGGAGCAAGGGGCGUUGACAAAACCAUUGUGGUUAAAAGUGAGUCUGGUGAAUUUGGUUUUCGCAUACAUGGCUCCAAACCGGUCGUGGUCGCCGCUAUUGAACCCGAAACACCGGCUGAGAGUUCUGGACUCGAAGUCGGCGAUAUAAUCAUAUCGGUGAAUGGCGUUGAGGUCUUGGAUAAACAUCAUACCGAAGUGGUGAAGAUCGCACACGAUGGCUGUGAGAUACUCGAACUGGAAGUGGCGCGCACGAUCGGUGUGCUCAUGCACGAGCAACAAGAGCCGCCCAGUCAACCGAUUUUUAGCGGCUAUUUAUGGCGACAGAGCGGCCAAGCGAAGGGCGCACCGAAUACGAAAAAAUGGGUGCGCCGCUGGUUCUCGCUGCGACCGGACAACUGUCUGUACUACUAUAAAACCGAAGAUGACAAUCAACCCGUUGGCGCUAUGAUCAUGGCCAAGCAUACAAUUGAUCACUGCCCGCCUGAGGUCGGUAAGCCGUACGCCUUCAAAAUUGACUCCGGCGAAGGCAUACCAUUGUAUGUGGCCGCAGAUGCGGAGGAGCUGUCCAACCGUUGGAUUAAGUUGCUCAAGCAAGCGGCCACACAGGGCACACCCUGGCUGGAUAAUAGCGCACACAAUCUCUACCAACCGCCGUGCAGCAUUACACGCCCGGACUGUUUCGGUUACCUGUUGAAAUUGGGCUCCCGCUGGUGUGGCUGGUCGAAGCGCUACUGUGUGCUAAAGGAUGCUUGUUUGUAUUUCUAUCAGGAUGCUAAUAGUAAGACGGCGUUUGGUAUGGCUUGUCUGCAUGGCUAUAAGGUAUCAUCGAUGUCGACCAAUGCCUCAGGCAAGAAGAACUCCUUCGAGAUUAUACCACCAGAGACCAAACUGCGACAUUAUUACUUCUGCACCGAAUCGGAAAUGGAUAAAAAGAGAUGGAUUUCGGCUCUUGAAUAUUCAAUUGAUCGUUGGAUAAAAUCCGGGUAACUAAAGUUGAAAACUAUAGGGAGCAAACGCAAGCGUAGUUUCAGUUACUACAUUGAGUAAAAAUAUGGAACAGAAAGUGGAAAAAAAUACUGAAAUUUUAGAAAAGGUGUGUCAGAGUGUCGAAACGAACGACUUGGCUGCCACAUAAAAAUUAUAGAGGAUAUACAAUAUAAAAUAAAUAAAAUUGGAUAAAUGUAAUGAAAAAAGUCACUGCAACUGAUUACAUUUUAAGGCAUAUUAAGUAGAUAUACAAAUACUUUUAAGCAAACCAAAUGAAUAAAAUCAUGUUAAGUAGAAUUGAGAGCAGAAGAACUCAAGCACUAGAACUGAAAUAGGGAGAAUUUUGAUGGCAAGCGAAAUACUAUGCAAAAAUAAUUCAGAUCAGAGGUUGAAAAUAAGAUUACAGGCGAAGGAAUUGGAAAUGAAAAAAGGCGAUGAAAUUAAGGGAAAUGUAUAUUAGAAAAUAUUUAUUUUCAAUUAAGGUGUAAAAAUAUAAAAACAAAUUAAAGCUCAAGAUUAUAUUCGAUAUGUAUGAAUAAGCUACAAAAAUCAGAAAAAUAUUGUAAAAAAUGAAAAUUCGACAAGUGUAAAUAAAAAAGCCAAAGAUAAAUAUAAAAAUAUAAUUGAAACUGUUUUUGAAUAUUAUGAUAAAAAAAGUAAAUGUAUAUACAGUUUGUAUGUAGAAAUUUCAGCAUUUAGCCAACAAUUAUUUACAUAGAUGUCCGUUAUUUACAGUGACGACCACUAAAAUUAGCUUUCAUUGAAAUACACCACUCAUUAACAAAAAAACCAAAAAACUAAAAGUAAUUUAAGAAACAAUGUGAAGAAAUGUAAAAUAAUGCCAAAUGAGUAGAGUUGAUAUUGAAAAAUAAAAAAUAUAGUUAAAAUUAAUUAUUUAUGCAAUUUACUCGAAAAUUAAAAUUAAACGUUUUUUUGUUCACAAAUAUAUAUGUAAUACUCUUUUUUAGAUUGCUUUAUAAUUUAAAAAAUAGCUAGACAAAUAUUUGAAAAUUAACAUUGAAAUAGUUGAAAAAAAGUUACUAAAAAUGCGAAUGACAUGAAAAUAAUAUUUUA